AACCUUCUAUAAUAACCCAACCCUCCAGUGCUUACAAUUUGCUAUUUCCCAGAAAUGGCGGGGAGUUGUCUGGGUACCACUUCUUCUUCGAAGCCGCCUCUUCCAAUUUGCUUAGUGCUUCUGCUCCUCUCUCUCCAACUAUCCUUUCUUGUUCCCUCUGUGCUCUCAGAAAUCAUCUUUGAAGAGCGAUUCCAAGAUGGAUGGCAGAGCCGUUGGGUUAAAUCUGACUGGAAAAGAAGUGAAGGAAAGGCUGGUUCCUUCAAACACACAGCGGGAAAAUGGCAUGGUGACCCAGACGAUAAAGGGAUUCAGACGACUACAGAUGCCCGGCAUUCUGCCAUAUCAGCAAAGAUACCGGAAUUCAGCAACAAGAACAGGACGUUGGUCCUCCAGUAUUCUAUAAGGUUUGAGCAGGACAUUGAAUGUGGUGGUGGUUAUAUAAAGCUUCUCUCUGGAUUUGUCAAUCAGAAGAAAUUUGGUGGCGACACUCCUUACAGCUUAAUGUUUGGACCAGAUAUAUGUGGCACACAGACGAAGAAGCUUCAUCUUAUUCUCUCCUAUCAGGGCCAGAAUUAUCCCAUAAAAAAGGACUUGCAGUGUGAGACAGACAAGCUCACACAUUUCUACACAUUUAUUCUCAGACCUGAUGCAAGUUAUAGCAUCUUGGUUGACAAUCGGGAAAAAGAAUCUGGAAGCAUGUAUACAGACUGGGACAUCCUUCCUCCUCGGAAAAUUAAACAUGUCAAAGCAAAAAAGCCUGCAGAUUGGGAUGAUAGAGAAUAUAUUGAUGAUCUUAAUGAUGCCAAACCUGAGGGAUAUGAUUCAAUUCCAGCAGAAAUUCCUGAUCCAAAAGCUAAAGAGCCUGAGAAUUGGGAUGAAGAAGAGGAUGGCCUAUGGAAGCCACCAAUGAUACCAAAUCCAGCUUACAAAGGAAAGUGGAAGCGCAAGAAAAUCAAGAACCCUAACUAUAAGGGAAAAUGGAAAAUUCCAUUGAUUGACAAUCCAGAGUUUGAAGAUGAUCCUGACCUUUAUGUGCUGAAGUCCAUUAAAUACAUAGGCAUUGAAGUUUGGCAGGUAAAGGCUGGUUCAGUUUUUGACAACAUUUUGAUAUGUGAUGAACCAGAUUAUGCAAAACAAGUCGUGGAAGAAAUUUUUGCCAAUAGAGAGGCUGAAAAAGAGGCCUUUGAGGAAGCGGAGAAAGUGAGGAAAGCGCAGGAGGAAGAGGAGGCUCAAAGAGCAAGAGAGGAGGGUGAAAGAAGGCGUAAAGAUAGGGAUCGUGAUCGACGAUACCGAGACCGCUACAGAGACAGAUACAGAAGGCGUGAUCACCGUGACUACUUGGACGAUUAUCAUGACGAGCUUUAAUGGGGACACCUCUCUCUCUCUCUCUCUCUCUCUCUCUCUCUCUCGUGUUAAAUCAGUUUUCCAUGGCCUUUUUAGUGUUGUAGCGUCAAUUGUUGAACAAUUUCUGAUCACGAGUUAUUUUCCAUUGCACCUUGCUCUGCUUUAUGCAUGGAAAUUGAACGGAUAUCAUAUUGUUAGCUUAUGAAAAUUUUUGAACUAUUAAAUUUGAAACAUGCUUGGAUGGUUUUUCCUA